AUGUCCUCAAAUUCCAGCAAGUGAGUCAUUAAGUGCCUUAGAAAAUCAACUGGUUUUUGCAUUUGGGGUGCUUUUUCAUCAGCCAGUGUAACAAAUCCAUCUUUAAAAACAGAAGUUCCAACUAACUGAUCCAGUGAAGCAGUUGCUCUCAUUUUGACAACAAAAAAAAGUAUGGGUCAUAAAAUAUCAAAGCAGUCUGCUGAUUUUUGCCAUUUGGAUGGGUGGGUUGGUGUUUUUCAGCCAAUGUAAAAAAAAAAAAAGUCCCAUGGUUUUUUCCCCAACAAAAAUGAUCCAGGGUGUUGAUCCAAACUCCUGGCGGUCGGUGGUGAGGUUUGAUGGAGUGAUAAGCCACUUCCACAACCCUGCCAUUCUCACAAUUCGGGGGCAGGGAAGUGUACCUGUUCCUAGUGCCUUUGCUCAGGGUGCCGUAGCAAAGAGGCCCAGAUUGGACACAUUACUGUCACAUGAUGGCAGCAGGUCAGCCCCUUUCCCUGAAAUUCCCCAUUUUGGGAAUUACUGUAUUUUUCGCCCUAUAGGGUGCACCGGCCCAUAGGACACACCUCAUUUGGGGGGGGGGAAUGAAUAAAAAAAAAAUCAUUUCCCUCCCAGCCGCGGGGCUGGGGCGGGGGAAGCCCGAGCUUCCCCCGACCCCAGCACCCAGAACAGGCUGCUAUCCGCAAGCCUUGCGAGCCUGGCGGCAACUCCCGCUGGGCACGCAAGGCUUGCGGACACCUGCGCGAAGCACGGGGCGCCCUCCGGAGGGCGCCCCGUGCUCCACGCUGCAGGCUGCCGCCCGCAAGCCUUGCGCGCCCGGGGGAACUCCCGCCGGGCGCGCAAGGCUUGUGGAUAGCUUCCUGAAGCCUGGAGAGCGAGAGGGGUCGGUGCGCACCGACGCCUCUCACUCUCCAGGCUUCAGCGAAAGCCUGCAUUCGCCCCAUAGGACGCACACACAUUUCCCCUUCAUUUUUGGAGGGGGAAAAGUGUGUCCUAUAGGGCGAAAAAUACGGUACUGUGGGCAGGAAUUCUACCACCAGAAGGUUCUGCCUGCCUGCCUACGCAGAUGGUUUUGCUUUGGGACAUUUUACUGCCUUGAGAUACAGUGGAAUUUUUCUUGGGUAGUAAAAAGCCCCCAAAAGCAUUUAUAUAACAUUAUUUAUGAUUUGGUUUAAGAUGAACAGCAGUGAAUGUUCUUGUUAGUAAGCUCAGGGGCUAACAAAGCAGGGGUUCUUUUUCGCACUUCAAUUGCCUACUGUCCUUUAAGGGACAAAUAGCUUGCAGACAUUUUAAAUAAAAAUAUUCAUUCCAGAAGAUAGCCUGAAUUCAUUGUUAAAAACAAAACCUCUAAUGCAUAAAGUUGCCACAUUUUAUUAGUGUCAUCCACACAGAUAUCAAGUAGGAUGCAGUUGAUUGUAUUACAUAUAUUUAAAUGUAUUUAGGACUCUUUGCCAUCUGAAUGCAGAUUAUAUCUUUUAUUGGUAAACAGAAAUGACUAAACAAUAGAAUUGAACUGAACUGGAUAUUAAGCCUUUAAAAGGUAGUCUGCUUCUAUCAGUAAACAAAAUAUCUGCAUUGGAGUAAACUUGAGUUUUAUUCAUGUACUAGAAAUACCCAUUUUCAUCUUUUAAAAGUAGCUGCUGCCGGUCAGUGCAAUCAACUGCUAUGAUUGAUAUUUAGGGGGAGCAUUUUUUACCAAAAUAAAUAAAUAAAUGGUGCUUUGUUCAUCUUUCUAAGUCAGACUUUCCUAUUUAAUUCUAUGCUAGUUGCCUAUGGGGUUUUGUUCAUAUGAGGACUGUUUGGAAACGGGCAGAGGCUUUCUAUUUAGUACGUCAUUUCAUCUUUUUCAGACGCAUUGCUGACACCAUGAAUUGGAACAAAGGUGGCCCUGGCACCAAGAGGGGCUUUGGUUUCGGUGGCUUCUCCAUAUCCACUGGGAAGAAGGAAGAGCCAAAACUCCCUCAACAGUCCCACAGUGCUUUCGGAGCACCUGGUUCAGCUGGGUUCGGAAAGACACCACCACCACAGCUGCCUUCUUUUUACAAGAUUGGAUCAAAGCGAGCAAACUUUGAUGAGGAGAAUGCGUAAGUUGCCCCCUUUUGCACUUGUAUCCCCAUUAAAUGAGUUGCCCAAAGUUUUGCGAUUUGUUUUAAUAGGGCAGACGUGGUUGUAUUACCUGAUAAUAUGUGAAAAGAAGUGUCACAGUGGAUGGCAUAAGGCCCAGGGGCCAGCAAACUUUUUCAGCAGGGGGCCAGUCCACUGUCCCUCAGACCUUGUGGGGGGCCGGACUAUAUUUUGAAAAGAAAAAAAAGAAUGAAUUCCUAUGCCCCACAAAUAACCCAGAGAUGCAUUUUAAAUAAAAGCACACAUUCUACUCAUGUAAAAACACCAGGCAGGCCCCACAAAUAACCCAGAGAUGCAGUUUUUUAAAAAGGACACAUUCUACUCAUGUAAAAACACGCUGAUUCCCAGACUCUCUGCGGGCUGGAUUUAGAAGGCUAUUGGCCCAGAUCUGGCCCCUGGGCCUUAGUUUGCCUACCCAUGACUUAAGCCGUUUUACAGCUGACAUCUCAAGCGUAAGACUAGUCCAGAUAAAAGUUGCAUGACAACAGCUAAAUUAGGCUGCCAGACAACUUGGAGUGGAUAUUUGAGAGAUGGAGUUUGUUCUUUAGUUCUGUGCCCGCCCCCCCAAAAAACUUUUAAAAAUCCUAAAAUAUUGUCCAGUGUUAGGCUCUGUGUGAUAGCAAAUGGUUUCCCCUUCUUAUAAGCCUGCUUAUGUGUUGGCUUGAUUCUUCCCAGUGUCAUUUCCUCUCUCUGUGAAUUUUCAGGUACUUUGAGGAUGAGGAGGAAGAUUCCAAUAACGUUGACUUGCCAUACAUUCCCGCUGAGAACUCCCCCACUCGGCAGCAGUUCCAUUCCAAACCACCUGACUCAGACAGCGAAGAUGACCCAUUGGAGGCAUUCAUGGCAGAGGUGGAGGUAAGUUACCUUCUCCUUAUGCAUUGCCGAUAUUUUGUGGCUUUGAAAUGCACCAAAAAUGACUGUUAAGGAGAAUAACAGUCAGCACCUCUGAAGACGGGACAAAAAUGUUACCAGUUGUAUUUAUUUUAAUUUAAAAUAUUUAAAAUCUGUCUUCUUGUAGGGUAUCUGAGGUAGUUUAUAGCAAACCAGUGAAAACACCCAUAAUAGCCAGCUGUUCCCCUAUAAGCAAGCAUGAAAGUAAAGACAAGGACAGACAGAACAGAACAAAGGAAGCUGUUUAGGGAAGCUUUUAAUGUUUAAUAGGUUAUUGUAUUUUAGUGUUCUGUUGGAAGCCGCCCAGAGUGGCUGGGGAAACCCAGCCAGAUAGGCGGGGUAUAAAUAAUAAGUUGUUGUUGUUGCUGCUGCUGUUGUUGUUGUUGUUGUUAUUAUUAUUAUUACAAAAGCAGCAACAGCGAUUAGCACCUUAGGGGCCUUAAAAGUCAGAGAAGUGAAACCAAGCAGGUGCCUCUCAGGAGGGAAUUCAGCAGUGGUGAUGUCGCCACUUCAAACAUUCAUAAUUUAGUCUGAGAAGUAGAAGUCAAACUCCUCCUCAUAACAAUUGGGGAGGAUUUCAAACUACUACUGCUACCAUUUAAUUACUUGUUUCAUUUACAAAUUGCUUCCCGUGAGGUAUUUCAAAGCAAUUUACAAUAUAAUGGCAUAUAUGAAAGAGUAACGUGUUUGAAAACAGUUGUAUAUAAAAACAUUUUUUGAAAAUAACUAUAAAAAUAGAAACAGUUUAAAACAACAACACAUAAAUAAAAUCAGAAAAUCAGUUGAGAUUUAGGUCAGAUAGCAACUGAGAUAAAGAUUUUAGAAGUCUUUUGGAAAGGAGAAUGUCUUUAGCAAGUGCUGAAAAGCCAGUAGAGAUGCAAGGUGGAAGGGAAUUCCAAAGGGCAGGUGCCACUACACUAAAGGCCCAGUUCUGACAUUAAUGCAGAACAGAUCUUCUGAUAGGAUGGUAUCUGCAGGAUGGCCUAUCCUGCAGCACACUGAUAGUAGGGUAUGUAGGGGGUGAGGUGAUGUUUUAGGUAUCCCAGUAUAUAGGGCUUUGUGCAACAAUACCAUCACCUUGAACCUUUGGUUUUGUAUUGAGAUACAGUGAUAUGCACUGAAAAACCCUUUUAAUAAUAUGAUAGGAAGAAUAAGGAGGGGAGCCAGCUGUCAGAAUUCUUCUCUCUCCUGGCAGAUGGUAUCCCUCACCUAGUUGCUGUAUUCCAUUGCAUAUAGCGCUAUGAGCUCCAGCGUCAUAGGAAUUUUAUAGGGGAAUGUGCUGCAUUGCAAUGUUACAUUUCUUUUGUGACCCAUUAGGAUCAAGCUGCUCGAGACAUGAAGAGAUUGGAAGACAAAGACAAGGAAAGAAAAAAUACAAAGUAAGUUUUUUUUUAUAUCACAGCCCCAUUGAAACAAGUGAGAGAUGGACAAGAAGCAUGGGAUCAUCUUGCAUUAUUUCUGUUGGGAUAUUUGAAGAUUUUGCCAUGCUAAGAUCUUUAAGCCUUUCUGAACCUCCCUGAAGGCUGUGAUCUGAAUUUAUGAGGGUUGAUUUCUGAGGGGCUGGUGUUUUCCUUGGAGUAGGGUGUUGAGGUUACCUCCCUCAUUGUCUUCAACUAUAUAGUUCUGUGAAACAGCUUUUCUGUCACACUUCAUAGAUCUGAAAUUCAGUCAAUUUUACUCUUCAUAAUUUGGCAGGUCCUGGUGGGUUGGAACAUAAGAUGUUCGUGUUCUUUUGUUUUUUUGUUUGGUUGCUCCCGAAUGUUGUCAGUGUUGCAUUAUAUUGGCACUAAUCAGAUUGAAUGUAUGGAGCUGGGUAUGUGGAACAUUUGCAGGGAAGUUUUGUUUCUCUGCUUAUUUUUCCAGGGGUAUACGCGAUGAUAUUGAAGAGGAAGAUGAUCAAGUGAGUUUUCUACGCAACCUUUCUAUCUAUUAAAAAACAGUAAUCAAUGAGUGCAGACACACAUUUCUGAUAUCCUUUGAAAUAAAGCAGAUCUGUUUUUGUUUGCUGAGAAGAUUGGUGGGGAUGGGGGGGAGUCUGCUCUUUCUAAAUACAUCAGACCAUUAGCCCAGCUGAUAAAAAAGUUAGGACCCCAAACUGGUUUGCAGGUCAACUUUAGGUGAGUCACAUCAGCGCACAACCAAUGCUUUUUACGCUUUUGUUUUAUUUUUUUAAAGGGGGAUGUGGAGUGAAAAAAGGGAGAAGGAAGCAGAAAGACAGACAUAAAAAUAAAAUAAAAGUAGGUCCUGUGCAGGUUUAAUGAUAAAAGUGAGUCCUGGUCUAAAAAAGUUGACAGCUGUUGCUGUGGACCAUAUAAGCAACAGCUGAAAAUAUUUAAGUACUGUAUAAGGCAGUGAUGGCUAAACUCAGCCCUCCAGCUGUUUUGGGACUACAGUUCCUAUCAUCCCUGACCACUGGUCCUGUUAGCUAGGGAUGAUGGGAGUUGUAGUCCAAAAACAGCUGGAGGGCCAAGUUUGGCCAUCACUGGUAUAAGGUAUUGUAGAGCUCACCAUGCCACUUUGCAUACUUUUUUUUAACUUGUCACGGACUUGUGCUUCUUUGAGUCUCCUAUUGGUGCAGUCAAAAAGCUUUAUUAUGCUUGUAUAAAAGCAUACCUACUAUCCAAAAUCUGGAACUUCCAGCCCAGUAAUUUCUGAACUGUGUUCCGGGGUAUAUUCUAGUAUGCCAUGACAGAAUGGCUAAUUGAUGUCUCCUGAGCAGUCUAAAGUAUCUGCCCACUACAUGUCUGCAUGAGUUACUGCUCUGACCUUGCCUCCUAAUCAGCCUCCAUAGCAAGUAGUUCUGCCUGUUUCUUCAUCAGCCACGAUUGAAGCAUGUGGCCCAGGGAUGGUUAAGCUCUGGCGCUCCAGGUGUUGCUGAACUACAAAUCUCAUCAUUCCUGACCAUUGUCUUCGGUGGUUGGGGCUACUGGGAAUUGUAGUUUAGCAAUAUCCGGAGGGCCACAGGUUAGCUGCACUGAUUUUAACACCUCGUGGUGCAGUGAUACAUAAUCACCAACCCCUGUGGAGUCUGGCUUUUGCAACUUUUCAUGAGUCAGUGCUCUAGACUUGUCCCUAUUGCGGGUUCCUAUAUGUUGUUGAACUACAACUCCCAUCACCCCUAGGUAGCAAGGCCAGAGCUCAGGGAUGAUGGGAGUUGUAGUGUAACAACAUCUGGAGACCCACAGGUUGAGAACCACUGAUGAGCCAUAGAGUUAGAGAAACUUAUUUUAUGGCUUAAUGUAACAUUAUUGAAGAUACCAUUUUUCACUGUUGCUUUGGUAGGCAUUCAUCUUAACUCUGAAGGAAGAUCUAAGGUGCUUCUUAAUGUGCAUGGUAGGAUUGAGACAUAGCUAAGAAACAGUGUGUAGCCCACUCGAUGGGGGAGAGGGAUUGCUUAAAUUUACAGUGCAGCAAAAAUAAAUGAAAAUAGAAAUCUUGUUCAUUUGUAAAUGAAGUCAUGUCUUCUUUCCUUUCUUUCCCUUCCUGUCUUCUUUUGUUCCUUCCUUCCUUUAUUUAUUUAUUUAUUUAUUAUUUCCACUCCUAUCUCACCCCAGUUAUUGCAGGAUAUCCUGAAUUUUCCCAAUGAAUACCCCUCUUUAACCCUUUUUGGCUGGGUUUCCAGAUAGCCACAAUGUUCUAAUACUGCACAGGGAUGCCAACCAAUUGCACCAAUAACUAUUGUGGUUGAUUUGGGUUCAAAUCCCUGAUCGACCAUGAAGCUCGCAGGAUUGCCUGGUCCUUUUCUCAACCCAAUGCUAUUUAAUUAGGCUUUUUCUUAAGCCUUCAAUCUUCUGUGUCCUCUUGACAAAGUUGUAAUGAGGAUAAAAUGGAGGGGAGAGCCAUAUACACUCCCCUGAGCUCCUUGGAGGAAGGACAGCUUGAAAAUGUCGUAGCAAUGUAUUGAUCAGACUUAAUAUUAGUGUGACUUUUUAACCAGUUAAAUUUGCAUUUUGGGGGAAAUGCUGAAGGUGCCUUUUUUGAGAGAGUCUCUCUUGAAUGUGAAUUUGACUUUUUAAAACAAGGAAGAGCUUCUUAUUUUCUGUAUCUUCAAAUUAGAGAACAUAGGGUAUUCCCUGUUAUAGUAAAAUAUCAAAAUGGUUUCAAAAACCAUAUCCUGUCCUGAAAGGGAGCACAUAAUUGUUAGGAGAACUCUUUGGGGGAAUUCCUGUUCAUGAAAGUAGAUAUCUGCAGUGUCAAUCAUGUACGCCUGCUAGAUCAGGGUGGAAAACCUUUUUGUUGUUGUUUUUGUUGUAUGCGCUGCAGGACAGAUCUUUGUCAGAUCUGAGCCUCGUGGACCAAAUUUGACGGGUGAGCAGGGCUGCUCACUUGUCAAUCACUGACAUCACAGUGAUUUCAAGUUAUUCAACAUGUUUCAUUCCCAAAGAUAGGACUUCAGAAAGAGCCCUGCGUGGUGCUUUAAAGCACCUGAGGCAUCACAUUUUUGCAGGCAUCAGUUGCGUAAGCAAGUUCUCCAUAGGGAGCUUGCUAGGACAGCCAUUCCAGCACAUUUUGGCUCUGUUGCCCAUCAGCUGAUGGGAGGUAGAACCAAAGCCUGUUUUCCCUUGCCAGUGUACAGUCAAGGUUCCCGAUUGUGCAUUGGCAUCCAUGUCUUUACCUGCUCUACAUCUGUUCAAUGCACUGUAAGUGACUAACCAACCUAAAAGAAAACCCUUCCAGUUUUCAGAUUUUUCCCCCUUGUUUGGUUGCCUGGAGACUUUUAACUUGCCGCAGACAUCUAGCCAAGAAGUCAGCAGAAGUAAAUGCAAAGUAAAAAAGACAAAAGAGAGAAUUUGAGCAUGUGCAGAGUAUUUUUCUGUCACUUCUGAGUAACCGCAGUCAUUCCUAUUCACAAAUAUGGCGUUAGAGAAAAAGAUUUUGAGGUCAGUGGUUGUAAUGUCCAGGCAGAUGUGACACAUACAUACACACCACCCGUCUUGGAAAUUAAGCGUUGAAGGCCAGACAUUUUGACAUAGCAGAAAACACUUUUGUGGCUUUAACUGAACAUUUGAGAUGGUCAGCUCAGGUCUUCUGACUGUUUCCUGGAAAAGCGAAAUAUACCAGCCAAUUUGUUAGUUCUUUAUUAUGGUUUCACCAAAUAAUUAACUGUGAUAAAAAGAGAACUAUUAAAACAGACAAAGUUAUUUGUUCUUUAUGGGUAAGUGACCGUCUCUAAAUGUAGCUAGUAAUUAACUGAAAACAACAAUAGCAUUUCAUCCUCUUUGGCGCUUGUAUGCAGUUACAUUUCUCUGUUUUGCUGCAGGAAGCAUAUUUCCGUUACAUGGCAGAAAAUCCCACUGCUGGUGUGGUUCCAGAAGAGGAGGAGGACAACCUGGAGUAUGACAGUGAUGGCAAUCCAAUAGCACCAUCCAAAAAAAUCAUUGACCCUCUUCCUCCUAUUGAUCAUUCAGAGGUGAGGGAAUUUCUGCAAUCAGUAGCAUAGCACCAGUGCUAAGUUCAUCCAAAAAUCAACAGUAAUACAUUGACUAAAGCAAAGAGAGGAAGAGACCCUCACCAUAUGUGCUCCAGUGCUUAUAUUCUUCCAUUGCAUAGAAGCCCAGACAAUCAAAUUUUUAUGAUUUUUAUGUUUUCCCCUUACCAAAGUGCUUGUUUGAAUGUCUCACAGGAGCUGCACAUUUGCUGGAUGCUAUGCUUACAACUAGGGACACGGGUGGCGCUGUGGGUUAAACCACAGAGCCUAGGACUUGCCGAUCGAAGGUUGCGGUUUGAAUCCCCGCGACGGGGUGAGCUCCCGUUGCUCGGUCCCUGCUGCUGCCAACCUAGCAGUUUGAAAGCAGGUCAAAGUGCAAGUAGAUCAAUAGGUACCGCUCCGGCGGGAAGGUAAACGGUGUUUCUGUGCACUGCUCUGGAUCGCCAGAAGUGGCUUAGUCAUGCUGGCCACAUGACCUGGAAGCUGUACGCCGGCUCCCUUGGCCAAUAAAGCGAGAUGAGCGCCGCAACCCCAGAGUUGGUCACGACUGGACCUAAUGGUCAGGGGUCCUUUUACCUUUACCUUUAUGCUUACAACUGUUAACAUUGCAAGAAUGUUCAUGAACAUUCCAUGGCAGCCCGCUACUUGGGCCGAGGCAGCAACCAAUUUUUCAUUGAUAAGGUGGUAUCCCUGACUAACCAUGAACUAUUUGGCCUGCAGAUUGAAUACCCACCGUUUGAGAAAAAUUUCCACGACGAGCAUGAAGAAAUCACCAGCCUCACCCCACAGCAAGUGGUGGAGCUGCGCCACAAGCUGAAUCUCCGGGUAAGACGAGUCCUGCUUUGAGGAUUGUCUCUUGUUCAGACAUGAUCAUAACAGCUGUGUGGUGAACAAUAAACAGACACAGAACCUUUACAAAGAUGUGCCAUGGCUCCUCCUGAGUAAGGUUAUGACCCAAGUAACAUAAAGAGAGCAGAAAGGAUGUAAGAGAGCCAGUAUGUUAAGUUUCAAGGAUAGUGGUGCAGAGGAGAGUUAAUUUGUAGUGGGGAUGGCUACAAUUCAGUGGCUGCUUUGUAAAAGUGCACCUUGAGGAGGGUUUGCAAGAAUAAUGCGGCUUGACAGAGGGAAAAGUUUGAUUCAGUGUAGGGGAAAACUUGCAGCAGGCACUCUUAAAAGGCAAUUGUUAAGCCUGUAAGGACAAAAGAAGUAAUUAUAAUUUAACAGUUUUCAUGUUAUUCUAUUUUAUUAAAGCAACUAGAAAAACUAUUAUGAUGGGAAGAUCUCAUACAGGUGAAGGGAAGCAGUGGGGAGGAGGGGAGGGUUAGGUUGAAUCUGGGAAAUAAAAUAAUAUAUGGGACAGCAAAGGAUGUAAUAGAUUCUUAGAGACUAGUAGUAUAUUGUAACCAGAAGAGAAGUUCAAAAGGGAAAGUAAAUGUAUUUUUAGUAUUUUCAUUAUUGUAAUAGUUGUUAUUAUUUCUUAUCGGUAGAAGGCAAUGUUAAUUUGGGCUUCCUCAUUUUGCUGUCUGUAUAAUUUUCUUAAGUCAAUAAAAGGAAGAGGAAAAAAGAAAACUUGCAGCAGGCAUAAAAGGCAUGGUGGUUAGCAGACAUAAACUGUUAACCAGAUUUUGACAGUUGGUCAUCUUCAGGCUUUCUUGAGUACUUCAGUACUUGUUAGCUGUUCGGACACCUCCCCCCUCAGCUUAUUCUGUUGGGGAUUGGUAGUAGGGAAGGCUUCUGGUUGUUAUUCAGGCUUUCAGCCCCCUUCUUGGGAUUCUCUUCACUCCACUGGCCUCUUUGAUUGAUCAAGCUUCUAGCUAGAUAUUGCUGGUCAUUUGUUCCAUUUAGCCUCUGAUUUGCAUACGAAAAUACCUAACGUUGGUCUAUUUGUAGAGGCCCAGUUGGUGAAUUUCUGGAUUUUAUAAGAUGUGCAUGCUCUCAAUCCUCCCAUGAAUAUGGGCUUCUGAUAACAGGGGACAUUCCCCACUUCUUUUUUUAAUGCUUUAUUGGUUUUAAAAACAAAACAAAUAGAGAAUAAAACAAUACAAAACAACCAACAAAAAGCAAUUCAAAAUCAACACUCAUUUUUUAAAAAGAUUUAAAUUCACAUGUAACGAAUUCAAACAUGACUUCAAAUCCCCUACAAUUGUGAUUCCUAAUUGUGAUUUUUUUUUUUUAAACUGCGCACUUAACUUUAUCUCUCCUAGGUUGUUCGGUUGUGUUAAUUUUGUAAAGUUCUCUUAUUUCAUGCAUAGGUCAAUCCAGGCCUGCCGAAGAAUUUAGAUUUUUACAAUGUUCUUUUAGGUAUUCUCUGUAAAUAUUCCACUCUCUAUUGAAUAUUUGAUCUGUAUGGUCUCGGAAUCUUGUUGUCAAUCUUGCUAGCUCUGCAUAUUCUAAGAUUUUAUUCUGCCAAUCUAAUUUAAUUUAAAUUAGAUUGGGACAUUUCCUUCAUCAUUGUGCUUUUCAGGUGUGUUUACCACAGCUGAAUGUUGAAUUCAGUUCAACACAAGAAAGGCUAAUCAUUUGAGGUGGGUGGUAUACCCUUAUAAAGGUGGAUUUAGCACAAUAAGCAUUGUUGGAGAUUGGAACUGAGCAAACUUCCUUUUCCUGUAGACUCUACAUCAGCAUGUGCAUUGAUUAAUCUCUCUCAAAAGUGUAAGGCAUGGUUUUAAUGAAAAACUUUCCCCCUAGGUUUCUGGAGCAGCUCCUCCAAGACCAGGAAGCAGUUUUGCUCAUUUUGGUUUUGAUGAGCAACUUAUGCAUCAAAUUAGGAAAUCAGAAUAUACUCAACCCACACCUAUCCAAUGCCAGGUGAGUCCUGCAUAACAGUGUUCACAUUAAUCCAACAAAGUAGAGUUUUGUUAUUUCUCUCAUGUCUGUUUUUCUUGGGCGGGGGAGAUGUUGUAACAUUAUCAACUUGAUUAGCAGGCUAAUUAAUUUAGAAGUAAAGGCAGUAAUUAUUUGCCAUAAAAUUGAUUUGAUUAUUUAAAAUUACCACGUGUAAAAAAGCCUAAAGAAUUUCCUUCCAAUAGAAUCACUACCAAAUGAACUUUUUUUUAAAAAAAAGAUAAAGAUGCCCUGAAAUUUCAGAGGGAUGUCCUUUUUGUCUUAACAAGUGUAGAAAGUUUUCUCUAUCCAGAAGGGCUAUUGGUCCAUGGUUUAUCCUUUGAUAUCUUGUUAUUUCUCCUCUAGAGCUACAGUUAGUCCUUGAGAAAAUGGAAGAGAGCAAAGUAGAUAACAGUUGUACCUCUACUUAUGUGUCCCUUUGGAUACGGAAUCUUCGGGUUAAGGACCUCAAACCCGGAAGUGCAUAGGAGGGCUUAAGUUGCGCUGUGUACAGAAGCGUGCCUCUAUUUAUGUAAUUUUCAGGGUGCGAAUGGACCCCUGGAACAAAUUAAGUUCGUAUCCGGAGGGUCCACUGUACUUAAAAUGCCUAGGGGAAAAUACUGGGUCCGUAAUAAACAGUGGAAGGAGUCCUGUGAAUAGCAGUAGCCCAGGGGUAGUCAACCUGGUCCCCACCGCCCAUUAGUGGGCAUUUCAGGAUUCUAGGUGGGCGGUAGAGGGUUCAAGUUAUGGCACAAGCUGAAUCCUCCUUCCAUCGAGCACUGGUGGGUGUUAAAGAAAUUCUACCAUCAAGAAAGAUGCAUUAGUGGGUGGUAGGCUGACUACCCUUGCUGUAGCCUAAUUGGGCAUCUCAACUUCUCCAAAAAAAGAUAAAGGGAAAUUACAUAUAAUAAUGCUGUGUUGCAAGUUUGCGUCAAAAGAAUGUUAACUUCUAUGUCAAGAUAAAGUCAGCUUGGAACAGAAUUAACUUCAUAGGGUAUAAUUAACCCUAGGGUUCCAGCAAACUGUCUAGAAUACUUUAUAAUGGUGUUAGUGGUGUUGAUGGUAUACUGAUUAUUUACACAUAGGGAGUACAUAAAUAUUUGUACUACUACUACAAAAUCUACUCCGGGUCUUUUCAAGUGGGGUAUUGAUUAAAAAAAUGGAAUUUAUGCAACGAGCAAAAUGCUAUGUUGUUUUCCAUAUCCUUUUUUGGAGAUUAUGCUGGGGUUACAAUGGGCUUAGAUAUUUGCUUCUUAUAUCGGUUUAUUUAGUUAACAACAUUGUCAGUUAAACACAAGCUCUUAAAAGUGGAGAUGUGAUGAAGUAACUAGGGUAUAACUGACCGUAUAAUAAUUGAGGAACACGUGGAGUAUGAAAUGAUUCGGGUAUGCUAAAAAAAAAACACUUUACAGACAUUUUUUUACAGCUGCUGGGGUCCACAUCCUCAUGGCUUUAUGAAGGUUAAUAUUUUCAAAAGCAUACCCUGAGCUGAGUCUCACAGCUCUGUUUUGGGAAACUGCUUGAUUUAAAAUGUGGGUGGGUUGUUUUUUUCCCUUCAGGGUGUUCCAGUGGCCCUGAGUGGGAGAGACAUGAUCGGUAUUGCAAAGACUGGCAGUGGGAAAACUGCAGCCUUCAUUUGGCCCAUGUUGGUUCACAUCAUGGAUCAGAAGGAGCUGGAGCCAGGAGAUGGUCCCAUCGCAGUGAUUGUAUGUCCAACCAGAGAGCUGUGCCAGCAGGUAAAGAAAUGUUUGGAGCAUCAUGGAAAGAAAUGGGGGGAAGUAAAUCCUGGGAACAGAUUAUCCAUCUGAGGAGGUUAUGCUGGUUUUGUUGUUGUUUUAAUUUGGGUUGGGAGGGGGUAAUGGUAUGUGGAGAUUUACCAAAAACGGGGGGACCAGUUAAAAUUAAGGGUUUUUUAAUGGGGGAAUGAGUUGGUAAUGGAUUUUUUUACUUUUUGGGAGGGGAAACCCAUCUUGCAUACCAUGGUCACCAAAGAGCAGCUCAGGUAGAAAGCUUCUGAAAUUUAUUUGGCAACUACAGUGGUACCUCUAGUUACAUACACUUCAGGUUACAUACGCUUCAGGGUUACACACUCUGCUAACCCAGAAAUAGUGCUUCAGGUUAAGAACUUUGCUUCAGGAUAAGAACAGAAAUUGGGCUCCGGCGGCGCGACAGCAGCGGGAGGCCCCAUUAGCUAAAGUGGUGCUUCAGGUUAAGAACAGUUUCAGGUUAAGAACGGACCUCCGGAACGAAUUAAGUACUUAACCCGAGGUACCACUGUACAAGGAAAGGGAGGUUCAGAACUAUGAUGCAAUUCCAGAAAAAUUGCCAUGCUUUAGCAGAGAGUCAUUCUGGUUUGCCACACUAAUGAGGGCACCCUUACUUUGAUCUGAGGAGUUGUAAUGAGAUAUUGUGGUGCAGGACGUGAUGCAUGCAGGACUUCAAAUACCUUGCUCUUUUGUAAGUCUCAGAGACCCAUUUUGGAGCCUUUAUGGGUCAAAAGAGGGCUUCUUACAUAGGUGGUAUAGAGAAGGAGGAACUCUGCAUUCACCGCUUCUGCUCACCCCUCAGUGUUGAGAUCAAGAUUUUAAAGGGGGCUGGUUGUAACUAAACUAGUCAGGCCACCACCAGCUUCACCUUCUUGUUGCAAGUGGGUAUGGGAGUAAGGCUUGUCUGUCUGUGCUUCAGUUGUUUCAUCAUUAAGAUGUUCAUUAUUAAAAGUGCAAUGUUACUUUUAUGCUGCCUGGUGGCAAGUGGCUCAAUUUCCAGUCACAAUAAUACUUCCUCUGGUUGCUUUCAUAGGAUAUGCUCAACAUAAAAAACAGGGAUGCUAGAAAUCUGCCCUGAAAUUCUACCUCUUCUGUCUCGUAAUUGUUUUAUUAAAACAUUUUGAUACAACAAGGUAAAAGGAGUCUGGAGAAGAAAGAGAGAAAAGAAAAGAGAAAGUAAAAAAGAAAUGAUGUGAUGUAUAGAGAUUAUUCUAGCAAAUUCGUUUGGGAUGGAUACAAAAGAAGAGAGAGGGAGUAGAUACAGAAAAGUGAGGUGUGAGGCCAGCAAAGAGGGAUCCUGUUAAGCUCUAGGGGUGAGUCACAGGUACAAAGAUGGCCAGACUGAUGUGCAAAAGGCAGGAGAAAAUUCAGCCACUGGAAAGGAGAGUUCAGAAUAACAAACAAGAAGUCUAGUUGUUAUUCUUGUAGCCCCAUUGCACAGGAAAGUGUCGAUUUUGCAGUCCCUUUGUUUCUUUGAUGUAAUGGAAAUGUCUUUCUAGUUUUUGAAGUAGUGUUCUCAAUAUUCUGUGAACUGCUGUGCCUUCAGAUCCACGCUGAAUGCAAACGCUUUGGGAAGGCCUACAAUCUACGCUCCGUAGCAGUGUAUGGUGGAGGAAGCAUGUGGGAGCAGGCCAAGGCUCUGCAGGAAGGAGCAGAAAUUGUUGUCUGCACUCCAGUGAGUAUUUCUUCCAGGUACUUGUGUUGCUGUAAGGCAUCUUUCCCCAACCUAGUGCCCUCCAGAUGUUGCUGGCUGGGGCUGGAGUUGUAGUACAAAACAUUCCUAGAUUGUGGAAGGCUGCCCUAAGGGAUAUGGGAUCCUGAGAAUGGCUUGCAAUAUGUUUCCUUUUCAUUCUAAAUAAAAAGAAAUAUCUUGUGAUUCGUUCUUUGGUUUGUGGCUUAUGUGAACCUACCUUAUUUUUCCCCCUUACUGGAUUCAGAAAAUGUGGAUCCAAACUGGAGCAGAAUUCCUAAGGGCAAGAGAAACUGCUUUGGCAGUUAGCAGCUUCUGAGGGAUUUGUCUGUUGUUGACACAACCAAACUAUUUCCCUCUCACUGGACUCUGGUUGGGAGUCUUCCUUUAAAGGUGGCCUUCAGAGCUUUCCUUGGCCCUUGGCCAGCUACUAUUGACCGUCACAGACCAUCACUAAGGACCCUGUUGUUCAAAAAGGACCACAAACAAUAUCAGGGAAAGUUGAAGCAGUAUAAUAAUAAUAAUAAUUUUUAUUUAUACCCCGCCCUCCCCAGCUAAGGCCGGGCUCAGGGCGGCUAACAAGCAAGUUGAAUUAAUACAACUUAAAAACAAGAUUAAAAUACAACAAUUAUAACAGUAUAACCACUGUGACCAAGGAAUUACUGUAACAUAGUUUGAAUGAUGCAUUGAUACUGGCUUUUCUGACUAGCUUGCUGCUGUUAAAUAUUUCCAAUCAGGGCCGUUUGAUUGACCACGUGAAGAAGAAAGCAACCAACCUUCAGAGGGUCACUUACCUUGUGUUUGAUGAAGCCGACAGAAUGUUUGACAUGGGUUUCGGUACGUACCCAGUAAUACUGGCUGCAGUGUGGAUGUGUCACAGCAGUGGCCUACGUUCCCCACAACUUCAUAUCAUCCUCUAUGUCUUAGGAAUCCAUUAGUGAAAGAGUGCAAAGGCUGAAGCAUUUCUUAGGCUGCGCACUCAGCAGCGACUAAAUAACAGUGUUACAGAAAAGUACAGGACAUUCUGGAUAAUAGAUGAGGGUGGUGGUGCAAAAUGAAGGCUUUCACAUGAAGUAAUAUGAGAAAGACAAGUGGUUUGACCCAGUGAAGACUAGUGCGAAUUUGGGAAGUAAAAAUAAAACGCAAACGUGCUUGUUAUGACUGUUUAACAUUGGUACCAAGCUGUGUUACGUGUCCUGUCCUGAACUUUGUGGUUAGCUAAGAAUGAAUUCUUAGUGGCGCGCUUGUGCUCCAGAUGGCCCUGUGAAAGCACACACAAGGAUAGGUUUCAGUGACCACUCCCAGCCUUUGGAACUUCCUUUCUUCAGAAGUCUUUCAAAGCAUGGGCAGUAUUAUCUUCCAUAAUACCCUUUCGUUCAAGCAAGCAUUUUGUGGCCAAAGGAAUUUGUGUGUGUGUGUGUCUACCUCUUUCAUUUGCUCAAUCUUCAUUGUACAAAGUAGGGCACAGGUCGUGGUAGAAGUGGCAUGGAGCACCCAGUUCUGCAGCCAUAUCAUUGCACCCAUAGUAUAUGAAGGGCAGGCUGGGCAUUUCUGGAGAAACUGUUUUCUUUCUUCCUCUUGUUUAGGCCAGGAGUGCCUAAGAGAAAGUGUCUUGUGGUUGUUGGGUUUUUUGUGUGUGUGUGUGUGUAUGGAACAGAGGCUAUGUAUAUCAGCUGCAAAGCAACUCUAUUAUUUUGAGUGCAAUAAUCAUUGGCCUCUUGAAGAUUUGUUCAAAUAUAAAUAUAUUUGCUUAUUUCCCAAACCUCAAUUUUAGUUGACUUUGAAAGAAACACAGAUUUCUUCCUUAAUUUUUUUUUCUGGGGCAUAGAAUAUUUCUAAUUUCAAUAAUUUCUAAUUUCAAUAAACAAAAAUACGCUUUGCUGAAAAAUAAAUUCAAGCCCACAGAAUAAUAUUUGCUCGUUGUCAAAUUUGUCACUUAGUUGCAUAAUAUAUUGAUUUUAAAGGCCUUUUAAAAAUAAAUGUUUUUUUAAAGGGGCAUGCUUUUUUGUAAACAAAAAACUCUGAGCCUGAUGUUCAAAUGUAUCAACAUCUCAUUCAAGACCUACUGGAAGUUGAGCUUGUGGAUGAUUCUGCAUUUUAUGAAAUAAAAAGGUGUUGCCUUAGAAUGCAGGGAUUGAGCACUUUUCAUCAUGAACUAUAUGCCACGCUCUCUUCAUCUAGCUGGCUGUUUAUAAUGCAGCUGCUUUUCAGCAUCUGAAAACUGUGCAUUGACUGGAACUUUGUUCUUCUUUUCAUCCAGAAUACCAAGUCAGAUCGAUUGCCAGUCACGUGCGCCCUGAAAGGCAGAGUGAGUGUGGACUUCCUGAAUAUAAAAUAUAUUGAAAUAUGUAUUGUGUGAGACAGAACUGUUUUAUUCUUAUAAAUAUAUGUGGUUAGCCCUUCGGGGCGGCAUUAAUUUGUGUCCCAAAACUGUUUCCAAUUCCCAUACUUAAACCAGAAAGAAAUUAAGUUAUAUUAAUGGAUUUGCAAACAUUUUGUUCUUGUUAAGCAAGGGCAGCCUGCUGUCUUCCCACCCACCCACUCACCGAUUUUUCACCUUUCCCAGACAUUUGGAGUGUUCUAAAAUCUUGUUCAUAUAUAGGUAGCUUUUGGGCAUACAGAACCACCGCCUCCUUGUCAUUUCCCCCCUCCCAUUGCCUCCGUGCUUCUCUGCUGUUUGGAUAGCAUCUUUCACCUUACUCCUAACCACAAUGUGUCCUUCUGGUACUGCUGUACACAGUAAGGAAGGAUGCAUGGCAGAUGUGAUGCUAUCCAGGGGUGCCCAAACUUUUUUCAAAGAGGGCUAGAUUUGAUGAAGUGGACAUGCGUUGGGGCCGACCAAAGUUGUUGAGCUUUUUUUAGGGUUCUAUCCCAGGACAUAUACUGCCACAGGGGCUGGAUUAAAUCGACCAGCAGGCUGGAUUAGGCCCCCAAUAUGGAAUUUGGACAUACCUGCAAUAGUCACUCACCUCUGAAUCAUCACAGACAAUUCCUAUGUAUCUAGCUUCUCAUACAAUUCUGGUGGAUGGGGUGGUUUCCUUGUGAGCUUGCACUCCUUUGCACCUUUGUGUAUAUAACAUUAGUACUAUUUUCAUGACUUAACAGCUCUACUGUUCAGUGCAACUUUCCGGAAGAAGAUUGAGAAGCUGGCCAGAGACAUUCUAAUUGAUCCAAUUCGAGUAGUGCAAGGAGAUAUCGGAGAGGUAAUAGACCUUUUGAAAAAACACUGUUUGAAAUAGACUAGAGCAAAGAGAGAACCACGGGUGUGCAUAGUAUAAUGCUUCUUUUCUUCUUCCUCCAUCUCUGCUCUCGUGUUCAAUAUAUAUCGAUAUUCUCAUUUUGCCUCUAUUUACUCCUCUUCCUCCUCCUCACACAACAGGCAAAUGAAGAUAUCACUCAGAUUGUGGAGAUCUUCUCCUCUGGCCCCAACAAGUGGAACUGGCUGACCAGCCGCCUAGUGGAGUUCACCUCUUCGGGGAGUGUCCUCCUCUUUGUUACCAAGAAGGCAAAUGCAGAGGAACUGGCCAACAACCUUAAGCAGGAGGGGCACAGCCUGGGUCUGCUGCACGGUGACAUGGACCAGAGUGAAAGAAACAAGGUCAUCUCGGAUUUCAAGAAGGGGACCUUCCCAGUUCUGGUUGCUACUGAUGUGGCAGGUAGGGGUGCAAGUUGGAAGUUUUAAAAACCUGGGAGCAAUUUCCGAACCACAUUCUCGACCCCUUUCCCUCUUCACGUUGUGUUAUCUCUUAAGCCAGUUUUCAUCCACCUACCCUGAUGUUCUUUACAUCUACCGUGGUUCAGAGAGUGUUGUGCUCAGCCUGCUGGGUAGAUGUGGACUAUGUAUUUAAGAUACUAAAUAAACCUUAGAGAGCCAGUGUGGUGUAGUGGUUAAGAGCGGUAGACUUGUAAUCUGGUGAACUGGGUUCAUGUCUCCGCUCCUCCACAUGCAGCUGUUGGGUGACCUUGGGCUAGUCACACUUCUUUGAAGUCCCUCAGCCCCACUCAGUCCACAGAGUGUUUGUUGUGGGGGAGGAAGGGAAAGAAGAAUAUUAGCCGCUUAGAGACUCCUUUGGGUAGUGAGAAAGCGGGAUAUCAAAUCCAAACUACUACUACUACUCUUCUUCUUCUUCGGACUUUUAGUUGAUCAAUGUUUUGAAAAAGAUAGCCCUCCUUCACUAUCUCAUUAAUUUGUUUUAAAUCCCCACUAAAUAUUUCCCUCCUAUUUUUUUUCCUUAGGAGGAGCUAAAAUUCUUUAUAGUAUAAUCAGAGUUCAGUGCAACCAAACCUAUUUUCAGUCAGGGAAGAAUACAGUUGUCUCUUUUGGAAUUGCAAUACAGUCUUAAGAAUACAGGCCAGCAUUGACAGAAAGUGUCUAGGAUAACUUGAUUGCUUUCAACUGUGUACUGAAGCUUUCCUAGAAUUGAAGGUGGUGCAGUGGGAAAGGGUUUUGAGCAGAGUAAGCUCAGCCUUUGCUGACAAGAUGUGAUAUAAGCAGAACGCAUGUGAGAAUUGCUGUGAAACUGUCUUGAUCCCCGACAUCUCCUGUGCCCAGCUCGUGGUCUGGAUAUUCCUUCCAUUAAGACUGUGAUCAAUUAUGACGUGGCGCGUGAUAUUGACACCCACACCCACCGAAUUGGUCGCACGGGGAGAGCAGGAGAGAAGGGCGUGGCCUACACCCUGCUGACUCACAAGGAUAGCAACUUCGCUGGAGAUCUUGUUCGGAAUUUGGAAGGGGCCAAUCAGCACGUCACAAAAGAGCUCUUGGACUUGGCCAUGCAGGUAACUUUGUCAGAACCUGAAGAAGCACUGUAAUCUUUCCUUAACUUGAAACUUAACGUUUCUGUGUGUAAUUAUGAGCCACACCAAAUAAUAUAACACAGUAUGUGGUAUAUUUAAAAAGAAAAAGGGGUUUUACCUUGAAAUAGAUUUUGCUGCAUUUCCACUGCUUGAGCUAGAUUGGCAUCUAGGAAAAAAACUACACUGGGCAUUAGCAGUAUACAGAGAGCUGUCUUUAAAUCUAAGGAAUGGGUCAUGGCAGAUUUUAUCUCUAUCUUGUGCAAAUUGCUCUCAUGCAAUUUGGAGGCAUCUGCAAAGAAGCUACUUAAAACAGGGAACUAUGUUUUUCUACAAAUAAGUGAUAUUUUGUUUACCCCAGUAUGUAGUUCAAGUGGCUUUCUCUGGGUUCCUCCCCCCACCCUCCAAAACACAAAAACUAACUCUCCUUUAUUUGGCAAAUAGCGUACAACAAAUUGACUGUAAUGUGCUUGUGUACUUUUAAUUUUUGGUAUUGCUUUUGCGCUUCCAGCCAGAAUUCUGUAGUCUAAAGUAGUUGAACCAAUCCAUAGCCCGUUAGUCACAUAUUUCAUCUCCUAUUAAUGUUACUAUCCUUUUUCUCCAGAAUGCUUGGUUCCGGAAAUCACGUUUCAAGGGAGGGAAGGGCAAGAAGUUAAAUAUUGGCGGUGGUGGACUGGGGUACCGUGAGCGGCCCGGCCUUGGAUCAGAGAGCGUGGUAAGCGUUGAGAUUCAGUAUACUAAUGUAGACGAACAGUGCUGUCUGUAUAUGUCUACUUGGAAGUAAGUUCCAUUUAUUUCAUUGAGACGUACUCCCCAGUAAGUAUGUAUAGUACUGCAGCCCGAGUUUCACAGCGCUAACUGCCAACAUCUUUGUGUCGCAGGACCGUGGGAGUAACAGUGUCAUGGUUAACUAUGAGGCAUACAAACCAUCCUCAGGAGCAAUGGGGGACCGGUUGUCUGCAAUGAAGGCAGCAUUCCAGGUUGGUAUGGCUAACUCUCCUGCUACGUAUUCUCUCUCCUUUCUGUCUGGCACUUGUGGUGCUACUGCUUUCUUGGCUUCUAGCCAAGUGUGGCCAUUGUGCCUGUGAACUCCUUAAACCACCUCAGAAGGGAAAGGAGCUGUUGCUUGCCAGCAGCUUUGCCUGCUUCAGUAUGGUCGUUGCCCAGCCUGUAAACUGAAUUUCCCUUGUGUCUAUCACAAGUUCUUCGGCAAGCAAGGUUUUCAUUGACCCGAGGUGGAACCAUUCGCCCAGCAUUUAGCUCCAGCUUGCUCCUGUUGGCACUGUAGGUCAGCCCUCCUCCAUACCAGUGAAUGGGCAGAGUGGAAGGAAGGACAGUAUGUAGUCUAGUGCCAGAGAUACUGAAGGCAAAGAUAAGUUUGGUAAAAUCGGCGUGAAUACUCCAGCAACUAAACCAAGCCAUACAUUGCAGCAGAUGUCCUAACAUUAGAAAGCAUUACUCGAUGAAAUUCAAUUCUCACAUUAAAAAUAUAGCUGGGUUUUCCCCUUAACGGGAAGAAAUCUCUGAGCAGUAAGGUGCACCCACUUUCCAAAAGCCCAUUCUAUCCAGCACGCAGCUUUCAAUCUUUGAUAGGGGUUGGCAUCACUGAGAAGAGACAGAAAACACAGGCUUAAGAAUCCUCGUACAGUGGUACCUCGGGUUACAUACGCUUCAGGUUACAUACGCUUCAGGUUACAGACUCCGCUAACCCAGAAAUAUUACCUCGGGUUAAGAACUUUGCUUCAGGAUGAGAACAAAAAUUGUGCUCCGGCGACAGCAGCAGGAGGCGCCAUUAGCUAAAGUGGUGCUUCAGGUUAAGAACAGUUUCAGGUUAAGAACGGACCUCCGGAAUGAAUUAAGUAUUUAACCCGAGGUACCACUGUAUAAGGAAUGUGGGUGGCGCUGUGGGUUAAACCACAGAGCCUAGGACUUGCUGAUCAGAAGGUCGGCGGUUCGAAUCCCCAUAACGGGGUAAGCUCCCGUUGCUCAGUCCCUGCUCCUGCCAACCUAGCAGUUCGAAAGCAGGUCAACGUGCAAGUAGAUAAAUAGGUACCACUCCGGCGGGAAGGUAAACUCGUUUCCGUGCACUGCUCUGGUUCGCCAGAAGCGGCUUAGUCAUGCUGGCCACAUGACCCGGAAGCUGCACGCCUGCUCCCUCGGCCAAUAAAGCGAGAUGAGCGCCGCAACCCCAAAGUCGGCCAUGACUGGACCUAAUGGUCAGGGGUCCCUUUACCUUUACCACUGUAUUGGUUAUGGUUUUUGUUUUUCUCUCCUGUAGUCCCAGUAUAAGAGCCAUUUCGUUGCUGCCAGCUUUAGCAAUCAGAAGACGGGCAGCUCUUCAGCAGGUGCCAGUGGGUGGACCAGUGCUGGCAGCUUGAACUCCGUGCCAAGCAACUCAGCACAGCAGAACUCGGCAAGACCCGACAGUCCUAUGGGCAUGGCAGGCAUGCCAAAGGGCAUGACAGGCUUCACAAGCGCCGGAAACUUAAACAGCGUCCCCGCCUUCCCGACUCCUGGCAUUCAGGGGUUCAACAGUCCGAACGCCGGCAACAGCAACAGAGAGGGCAGCAGCGGAGGUAGAGAAAGGUACGGCGACAACCGGGGCAGCGGUCGCCACGGCGGCGAUGGCCAGCGCCACGGCGACGGGAGCGGUCGCCAUGGUGAAGGCCAGCGCCACGGGGAAGGCUAUCGCCACGGGGACAACCGCCACGGGGACAGCCAUCGCCACGGGGAAAGCCGACAUGCCGGCGGCGGGAGCAGCAGCAGUCGCCACGGGGAAAGCCGGAACAAUGGGGACAGCAGCCGGAACAGCGGCGAAAGCAGAAGCAGUGAGACUAGGAACACUGAGAGCAGGAAAGAUGGCAACAGCAGGGAGAACAACAAGGCAGAUGGAGGCAGUAGUAGGGACAACAGCAAGACAGAUGGCUUUGUCGUUCCGGAGCCCCCAAAGCGCAAGAAGAGUCGGUGGGACAGCUAA